ACUGUGCUUCCUCGCACAUCACGCUUGUUUCCUGGUCGUUGCUAACAACCUGCUGCCUGCAACUUCGCCUGGCCACCGUCCACUCAUGCAUUGGUGGUUUCCUGCUGCGGUGUCUUUGAAAUGUGCGUGAGGAUGAAGCCGUGUCGACAGUGAGUGCGGUGUGACCCUCAGCUCCGUGCUGGCUGCAUGGUGCUCCUCCGUGUGUCUCCGCCUGCUUUCUGACGCCUGGGGUUGCAGUCUGGCCUCCAGCCGCGGCUGCGAAUUAACUUCAUUUCUCAGCGUCGCCUUGCUCUGAAAUCAUGUUUAUUUUAUAAAGAUGGCGGUGAGGGGGACACUGUAAACUAAAUGACUGUCAGAAACAUCGCCUCCAUUUGUAAUAUGGGCACCAAUGCCUCUGCUCUGGAGAAAGACAUCGGCCCGGAGCAAUUUCCAAUCAAUGAACACUACUUUGGAUUGGUCAACUUUGGAAACACAUGUUACUGUAACUCAGUGCUCCAGGCUCUCUACUUCUGCCGGCCUUUCCGGGAGAACGUGCUGGCCUACAAAGCCCAGCAGAAGAAGAAGGAGAACCUGCUCACAUGCCUGGCUGACCUCUUCCACUCCAUUGCCACACAGAAGAAGAAAGUGGGCGUCAUCCCGCCCAAGAAGUUCAUCUCCCGCCUACGGAAAGAGAACGAUCUGUUCGACAACUACAUGCAACAGGAUGCCCACGAAUUCCUCAACUACCUGCUGAACACUGUGGCUGACAUCCUGCAGGAGGAGAAGAAGCAGGAGAAGCAGAACGGACGCCUCAAGAACAAUGGCACUGCUGUCACUACAGAGACCGAGACAGAGAACAAGACCGAGCCCACAUGGGUUCACGAUAUCUUCCAAGGCACACUGACCAAUGAGACGCGCUGCCUCAACUGUGAAACGGUGAGCAGCAAAGAUGAGGAUUUUCUGGAUCUUUCUGUGGAUGUGGAGCAGAACACAUCAAUAACACACUGUCUCAGGGACUUCAGUAACACAGAGACUUUGUGCAGUGAGUACAAAUACUACUGUGAGACGUGCUGCAGCAAGCAGGAAGCACAGAAACGGAUGCGUGUGAAGAAGCUUCCUAUGAUCCUGGCACUACACCUGAAGAGGUUUAAGUACAUGGAGCAGCUGCACCGCUACACCAAGCUGUCCUACAGAGUGGUUUUCCCCCUAGAACUCCGUCUGUUCAACACGUCUGGGGAUGCAGUCAACCUGGAUCGCAUGUAUGAUCUAGUUGCUGUGGUGGUUCACUGUGGCAGCGGCCCGAAUCGAGGUCAUUACAUCACCAUAGUGAAGAGUCAUGGCUUCUGGCUGCUGUUUGAUGAUGACAUUGUGGAGAAAAUUGACGCCCAGGCCAUCGAGGAGUUUUAUGGGCUUACCUCAGACAUCUCCAAGAACUCUGAGUCGGGAUACAUUCUCUUCUACCAGUCCAGGGAGUGACUGGAGCCUGAUCAUCAUCAGAGGAAGAGACCGAAUAGGAAGAAAACUUUUUUUUAAACCUUCAGCCUAACAGACCCCAGACUCCUGCCAUCUCCAUCCCAACUUGCUCUCCUCCUCCAUGUCAGACCUCUCUGACGUAUGUGCCAAUCCUCUGCCAGUCCCAUUAUGUCAGCCUCUGGGUUUUACCUGUGCUUCAUCUCUCUCUCUUUCUCUGUAAUUUGCUUCUUGUCUUUUAGUCACCUGCAUCUGGACUGCACUUUAAAACAAAAGCAAAAAUGCUCAACAGCAUGACAGAAACAUAAAGGAGUCUACAUCCACACUGAGCCACACAUGCUUGGGGUAGACUGGUGGGAGAAGCCUGCCGAGGCGAUUCUCUGCUGGGAGCAUGAUGAGGUGAAGGGUCUGGUGCACAUACAGACAACUGUCAGAAAUUGUACUAUAUCAGUUAUAUGUAUAUACAGUCUUCUCCCCCCUCAUAAUUCCUUUCAUUAGGGCUGUUUUCCCAGUCACUGUCUUAGUCCUUUUGAUGUUUUCAUAUCCCUGGUGGAUGCAUGAGAAGUAAAUGAAGUUUGAGACAAACACUAUAAUAAGCAUAGAGACAUUUUGAAGCAAUAUCUGAGCAUUAAUUAUAGAACUCCCAAGUUUAAAACUACCUAAUCUGAGUAACUUGUUGACAGUGCACAGGUUGUUUUGCCCAUAGAGAAUCGCUUUGUGUCUGUCAGUGUGACAUCUAAUGUUAGUCUAACCAGAUAUGAUCCAACACUUAAUCCUUUUGAGCCAUGUGCUCUAACACUACACAUGAAAGGAAACCCUGCAGUUUUCCAUUCAAAUCAGCUGAAUCUUUAUAAUUUUAUAUUCUGAUAGAAAGCCCCUAUUUAUUGAACUUAACAUAUUUAUUACUGUACUUUGUAAUACUGACUGAUAGAUGAUGAAAUUGCUUGUAUAACAUGGCUCUUUUGACAGCUUUGUAUGUCAAGACUGAUGUCAAAGUGCUCAGUGUGAAGGACACGGUGUAUGUAAUACACAACUUCAUAGGACAGCUAAAGAAAAAUUUGGUUUUACCAGGUUAAUUUUGUAGUUUGCAUGUUAGAUAAAAAUGUAAGACAGAUUAACAUGAUGCAAGUGAGACACAACCCUCAACUGCCUAAUCUUUUGAUUGACAUGGAAAAGUGAAAUAGUGCAAUAAGAGGUGAAGUUAUCCAAUGUGCAAUUUUCCCAGUGAGACUAAUAUACCAGAUGUUUAAAUGUUAAUAGUAGAUGUGUUUGUUUUUGACUGAUCUUUUCCCAGUGCUGUGUGUUUGAAUGCUCGUGAUAUCAAAGUAAAUGCCCCCCACCCCCAUUCACCACGUGCAAUGCACACUACCUGCUGGUAUGUUAGCUACAAUGUUUCAUCCUUCUUUUUUAUAACCUCACAUCAUUGUCUUAUUCUUCUUCAUUCUUAUGUUUAACUACAGCGUAGUAGUUUCCUCUUUGUCUCUGACUUUGAUUACGUAAAUUGUGCGUGUCAUACGUAGCACAUUGGAAUCCUAAACCCCAUAGAGGUGAAAUAUCAAGCUGCGUUGUUAAUUAAUACAAUAUCCCUGUACUGUAGAUGUUUUCUCCAGGGUUUGUUGCCAUGCUCUGUAGAAUAGUGUGACAUCAAAGAUCCUGUUUUCAUGUGAAGGACAUUCCUAUUUGUUGCACAUCAGAGGACAUUACCAUUUCAAAUGCAUCUAAGUGAGAGGUAGGAAUAGGAUUAAUUUGUUAGCUUAGUGUCAGUAUCUGUACAAGAGAUGCAGAUUGUAAAGUGUAAACAGUGAACCUCUGAGCGCUUGUUUCUGCUGUCUUCUCCAUUUAGUCUGUUACCGAGUGAAGUCAUGAGGAAUACGUGCCAAACUGGAGUCGAUACUGACCUUACAACAGUCUUUAACAGAACAUUAUUUUCUUUGUAAAGAUACAACUGUACAUAUAUAUUAUGUAGAAAAACACUUCUGGAAAUAGGAAAAAUAUUUUUUUAAAGUGCAGAUCUUAAAAUGUAAACACACUCAUGGUAAAGAUUUUAGCUUAACACUGACCAUUAAUGAAACCCUGCUAAGAAAUACUGUGCUAUUUUACAAUCACUCGAUUACAUAAUCAAUCAGAAUUGUGCAGAGGUCACCAUCUGUGAUAUUAUUGCUAUUACUGGUUUAAACUGAAUCAGGGUAGAAAACAGUAGCACGAAUAGCCUGAGAUAUUUUAGACUCAGGUGAGAAGGAGACUUUUCAUGCGCUGAUCUUCCAUGAACACUUAUGCACAUGCCCGCACUGAGAUGCUCAGUCAUUGCACUUGGUCUUAUAUAUCCUACUGUGAUAGUGUUCUACCGAGGAAAGCUCAGGUGCAGAGAGCCCUGCACCAGAUGGGAUGUGACAGAGCUUGUGGGAGAGAAGGAGGAAAUGAAUCGGAGCCUCUGUUUGGCUGUAAACUGAAAGUGCACUUUAUUAGUGAUGAGCUUCGAUGCUUUAAUAUGAAGAACCACAGUCUAACGCACUCAUUUUGAGUUUUUUUCUUCUGUUCAAUAAAAUGACUAUCACCUAA